AUGGAUGAAACAAUUGAUAAAAUAUGGUUAAAGAAUUACGAAAAGUAUUGUUUAGAAAAUGGUUUAAAUGCUGAAGAAAUAGUGAAAAAGGAAAGAAUAAUUGGUGAUAAUCAAUUUAAUAUUGAUAUUGGUAAAGAAAUACCCAAAUUAAAUGGAUUAAUUCAAAAUCAAAAUAAUAAAUAUGAGUUGCAAAAUGAAUUGAAACAACUUAUUAUGAAAUUUUAUUGGGCUGGGUAUCAAUUGAGAAAAGAUUCGGAGACGGGAAGAGUUGAAAAAAGUGUGGGAGAAGAAUGA